UAUAUAUGGACAGAGCACAGUUCAUUCAACAUCAUUUCACAGAAGCUAGAGUUCAGAAUAGACAAAAGAGGAGACACAAGUUGCAGCGAGAGGCUAAUACCAGUUGAAGCACCGCCAAGGCCGUUUUUUCAUUGACAGUAUCUUCAUUAAGGUAUUUUUCUCAUAGAUUUGAGUACAAAGCAGCAAAGAUGAAGCUGUUGUGGGUUGUUCUGUUAGUAACCGGCACCGUGUUUGCCGAUGACGACGACAAGAAGGAGAAUGUGGGGACUGUGGUUGGGAUCGACCUGGGCACAACCUACUCCUGUGUUGGAGUGUUCAAGAAUGGCCGUGUGGAGAUCAUCGCCAAUGACCAGGGUAACCGCAUCACCCCCUCAUAUGUGGCCUUCACCAGUGAGGGUGAGCGUCUGAUUGGUGAUGCUGCCAAGAAUCAGCUGACCUCUAACCCCGAGAACACUGUCUUUGAUGCCAAGAGACUGAUUGGUCGCACUUGGGGCGACUCCUCUGUGCAGCAGGACAUCAAGUACCUGCCCUUCAAGGUCACUGAGAAGAAGAGCAAGCCCCAUAUUCAAGUUGACAUUGGUGGUGGCCAGAUGAAGACAUUUGCUCCAGAGGAGAUCUCUGCCAUGGUGCUGACCAAGAUGAAGGAGACAGCAGAAGCUUAUUUGGGCAAGAAGGUCACACACGCUGUGGUCACUGUCCCUGCCUACUUCAAUGAUGCCCAGCGUCAGGCCACUAAGGAUGCUGGAACCAUCGCUGGUCUGAAUGUCAUGAGAAUCAUCAAUGAGCCAACUGCUGCUGCCAUUGCUUAUGGCCUGGACAAGAAGGACGGCGAGAAGAACAUUCUGGUGUUCGAUCUGGGCGGUGGCACCUUUGACGUCUCCAUCCUGACCAUUGACAACGGUGUGUUUGAAGUGGUGGCCACCAACGGUGACACUCAUCUGGGAGGUGAGGACUUUGACCAGCGCGUCAUGGAGCACUUCAUCAAGCUGUACAAGAAGAAGACUGGCAAAGAUGUGCGCAAAGACAACCGUGCUGUGCAGAAGCUACGUCGUGAGGUUGAGAAGGCAAAAAGGGCUCUGUCUGCCCAGCACCAGGCCCGCAUCGAGAUCGAAUCCUUCUUUGAGGGAGAGGACUUCUCUGAGACCCUGACCCGUGCCAAGUUUGAAGAGCUGAACAUGGACCUGUUCCGUUCCACCAUGAAGCCUGUGCAGAAGGUGCUGGAAGACGCCGACCUGAAGAAGUCUGACAUUGACGAGAUUGUCCUGGUCGGAGGCUCCACCCGUAUCCCCAAAAUCCAGCAGCUGGUGAAGGAGUUCUUCAAUGGCAAAGAGCCUUCCAGAGGCAUCAACCCUGAUGAGGCUGUGGCAUAUGGAGCUGCUGUGCAGGCUGGAGUGCUUUCUGGAGAGGAGGAUACUGGUGAUGUGGUUCUUCUGGAUGUGUGCCCCCUGACUCUUGGUAUUGAGACCGUUGGAGGAGUAAUGACCAAACUGAUCCCCAGGAACACUGUGGUGCCCACCAAGAAAUCCCAGAUCUUCUCUACAGCCUCUGAUAACCAGCCUACUGUCACCAUUAAGGUCUAUGAAGGUGAGCGUCCUUUGACGAAAGACAACCACCUGCUGGGCACCUUUGACCUGACUGGCAUCCCCCCUGCCCCUCGUGGUGUGCCGCAGAUUGAAGUCACCUUUGAGAUUGAUGUCAACGGUAUUCUGCGUGUCACUGCUGAGGACAAGGGCACCGGCAACAAGAACAAGAUCACAAUCACAAAUGACCAGAACCGCCUAACACCUGAGGAUAUUGAGCGCAUGGUGAACGACGCUGAGCGCUUUGCCGAUGAAGACAAGAAGCUGAAGGAGAGGAUCGAUGCCCGCAACGAGUUGGAGAGCUACGCCUACUCCCUGAAGAACCAGAUCGGCGACAAGGAGAAGCUUGGUGGCAAACUGUCCGAUGAUGACAAGGAGGCCAUUGAGAAGGCAGUGGAGGAGAAGAUCGAGUGGAUGGAGUCGCACCAAGAUGCUGAGCUGGAAGACUUCCAGGCCAAGAAGAAGGAGCUGGAGGAGGUGGUCCAACCCAUCAUCAGCAAGCUUUACGGUAGUGCAGGUGGACCUCCACCUGAGGGUGCUGAGGGUGAGCAUGAUGACAAGGAUGAGUUGUAGGCAGGUUUGAAGUCUUCUGUCGCCCCUUGCCCUUCUAGUGGUGGCAUCUGUACAUAUUGAACUGAUGGGACUCAAAUAGUGAGAGGAAUGGCAGGGAAGGGGUGACGAUAACAAGCAACCAUACUGAAUCUUCUGAAAGACUUGAAAAUAGGUUUCAGUGUGUAAGAGGUGUUCUCUUCGCUGGAAGGCGGAGAUAUUCGUCAGCCCGGAUAUGAGGCUUGUUGCUGCUGUUCUCAGGCAGUCCUGAUGGGGUUCUGUAAUGGGGAGGGACUCAGUUGGGCGGAUGGUUGGGAGGGCAGGUAUUUGUGGAUACAUUGAGUAGAGUGUCUGUGAGAUCAAGGGCUCUUCAUGUUCACAGACAGCGCUAAAAGUUAUUUAUUGAAUCUGGUCACUGUACUUCUGGAAAGAAAUUGAAAUAAAUGUUUGAUACAAACUGCUA